CACUUUAUUGAGUCACUUGUAUAGAUCGUGCAUUUAACCGAAUUCAUUGUAAUAAAAGGAAUAUGAAAAUAACGUCAACAAAAAUGCUGUAAUAUAACCGCUGAGACGCAUUAAAUUGUGGAUAUAAGAAAAAGAUUUAUUACCCGUGGCGGAAACAUUUCGUUAGAGAUAUUUAAAAAAAAAUGUAUGAAUUGAUUACGAGAUGAUGUUUAUGAUUUUAAGAAGCUCUGUCUAAAUUUAGACUGCGAAUGCUAAUACGUAAGGAAUUUUUACUUGAAAAUAUUCUAUGAAGAUUCGUCAAGCAAAAACGUUGUCAUAAAUUAAACAACAAAUUACGUUUCUCGUCUAAUGAGUCGUCAUUAAAUUGCAAUUAUAGAACAAACUUUUGACUUGAUUUCUAUUACAUGUUUUAAGCCCAAAUCCUCGGUCAAACCUUAGCAGUUAGAACAUAAAUCCAUCAUUUUCUUGAAAAUUAAAACGAAAUGCUACCUAACUUCGGUUAAAAAAACCAAUUAGGCCAAAGUGAUCAAAUUGCUUGAUAAGUUACUUAACAGACAUCCCACAUUCAAUUCUAGAUAACUCUUCAGCAUAGUAUUGAAUAAGAAGUUCAGUGUACCGAUAUUCACGUUCACAUUCAAUUCACGAAAAUUGAACAUCGGCUUCUUUCAUCAUGCGAAUGCUAGUUUCAAUUGGGGCUCUUCUGUUCCUGCGAAUGACGUGUUUCACUUUAGCCGUAAAUUCUAUUAACUGGUCUGGAUAUGAGUGGUUCAUACGUGAUGCCAAGAACCAAGGCCCUGGUCCAAAUAAUUGGACAUCGACCAAUGUUUGGGUUGAUACUCACAACCGCCUUCACUUAAAAGUAGCUUAUUCGCCAUCAUCAGGAUGGUCAUGUGCGAAGUUACAAACAAACGUUAAUUUCGGAUUUGGAACUUAUAGAUGGUUCAUUCAGGGAGCUAUUGACAAAUUCGACCCAAAUAUCGUUCUUGGUCUCUUCACUUAUGGUGGUGUUGAUUACAUCAAUGAAAUUGAUAUUGAAAUCGCUAAGUGGGGUCGAAAUCAGUCUUCAAAUUUAUUUUAUACUGUCUAUCCGAGUGAUCUGAAUGGCAGCAAAUCCGUUUCGUCGGAAAUACAAAUGAUCUUACAAGGCACAUACACAACGCACCAAUUCAAUUGGACUAAAGAUUAUGUUCGCUUUCAAAGUCAACACGGCUUCAAAAGUUCACCAACGGAGAACGUUUUCUUUUCCUAUCAAACUCCUGCAAAUUUUACCCACAGCAUGCCCGUUAUUCGUGUUCCGUUGCACAUGAAUUUAUGGAUGUUUAAAGGUCGACCACCCACUGAUGGAAAAGAAGUGGAAAUAGUAGUUAAUGAUUUUCAAUAUGAGGAAGAGUUGUCUGUGGAUUGAUGAUGAAAUGGUGCUACGGGAAUCAUUGAAAAAUGUUAGACUUGAAGUUAACGUGAAUAAAAAUUGUAUUCAAAGUCAGUAUGAAUCCUACUUUUCUAAAAAAAACCGUUAAUAUGUCUACAGUUUUGUCUAGCCUUUGACUGACUUUGUUUGGAAGUCAAAUCAAUACGUUUACCAUAAAAUUGUAUCAGUUCUGUCAAGUUGCCGAUAAGUUCUUCCGGGGUUCGAUUCUUUCGUUGUACUGAUUUCUGUGAUGAUCAUUAAGAGAUAAGACAUUUUUCAGGGAUUAUACUUAAAUGACAAAUAAGUGUAAUUAACUGCAAUUAUUGAGCGAAUCUCGAACUUGAUUUUACAGAUCUUAAUGAGUUGUGCUCAUCAUUGAAAUUACAUUGAGCAUUUUUGUAUAGAUUAAAUCACAAUUAUGAGUACAACAAUUGUGGUUGUAAUAGUGCCUAAUAAAAUUGUCAUUAAAACUUACGUUACUGUAGAGUGUACAGUACAUUUUGUCGAUUAGUAACUAACAAAAAAAAAUGAAACGGAAUAUUAAAAGUCAAUAUGCAAAUUAUUACACCCA